AUGCAAUACAUCACAGCGACUACCAACGGCAACCGAGUGCCCAACCCGUGCAACCCCGGGGAGGUGUGGGGUGGGGUCGGCCACCUUGUUCCCGGUGGACAAGGGCGUAGAAAUCCAUUUGGAGAGGAUUUUCACAGUGAAGGAAAGAAAUGGACACAAGGGUUGUGUCUCAUGGAUUCUGACGGCGACGGAAGGACGAACGGUGAGGAGCUUGGCGAUCCCAACUGUGCGUGGAGUUCCGGGGGACGGCUACAGCGGAUAACUAACAUCACCCAUCCAGGUGUCUGUGACCCUUGGGACUCAGUCCAGUGCCAGGCUAGGAACGGCUGGCUCAAGUGUGACCACAAUGGACUCCACUGUCCCGUCAUCAAGAAACCAUCUACACGAAGUCUGUCCUUCACCUUCCCAGAGACACCGGUUCCGGCAAGGGAGACAACCUAUUACUGCCAACUGUUUGACCUUCCGGUAGAUGAUGACUAUCAUCUCGUGGCCACUGAGCCUAUAUUGGUCAACACGGAUACUGUCCAUCACAUACUUUUGUUUGGCUGUGACCCGUCAGAUGAUGAUGUCCAAGCAACACCCGAGCCGUUCAUGUGUGCCAUGUUGGCGCACCGUAGUUGCCUGGACAUCAUCGGCACUUGGACAGUGGGUAGUCAUGGAGACUGUCUCCACGACAAUGUGGGUUUUAGCAUUGGCAAGACAGGGUACAGGAAGGCUGCUCUACAGAUACAUUGGAACAAUCCCUCCUUGCUGGCCAACACGACGGACGCUUCUGGACUCAAGAUGUAUUUCACACCAUCACGACGCAGUUACGAUGCGGGGAUGUUGUUGGUUGGCCAAGAAUAUCUGGAGAUAACCCCCCAGCCGGCCCCCUCAAAACAAGUCACUUUCUCACAGGAAUGCCCAGGGCGAUGCACCCGGGAGAUGCUGACUGAGGCCAUCUUCAUUACUGCAACUGUCAACCACAUGCACUAUCGUGGUGUGAGUCAAAGGAUAGAACUCUACCGGAACGGCAGCAAGGUGCGCGACAUCACAUACGACAGAUUCUAUCACUACGACAAUCCAGUGAUCUACUCGUUUAACCCCCCAGUCGAAGUGCGCCCUGGCGACGAGAUACGAACAACCUGCGUUUACGAAACACCUACGUCUGGCAACUCCAUGUGUUUUGGCGAUGGAACACAGGACGAAAUGUGCUACGGAUUCAUGACGUACUACCCAAAACAGAACCUUCCCAUACCAUGGUGCACCGCUAGGAAGUCGGUCCAGAAGUGUGACCGAUACCUCCCGAAGUUCCGGAACAACUCCAUCGACGGCUGCUUUUGGUUAGCCUUCCUCCAACCAACCAAUCAGGAUACGAUAAAUAUAUUCAAAUCUGUGCUCGGUCAUUGUUUUGACGCCAAAACAGAAGAAAACAGCUGCACGGAUAGUUGUUUAGCUGCCAUUAAAUCAGCUCGGAAACACCCCUGUCUGUCGGGAGAUAUCGGAAGUUACAUAAUAUCAAAGUUUCGCCAUACAUCGAUAGGGUUUCAGUUCCUGAAUGCAUUAUUUACCUGUGACUGUGAGGACAGAUUUGACAAUGGCUACUGCGAUAAGCGGUACAGAGGAGGAACGCUGGGUGAAGGUGCCCAAAAGAUGUGCGCUGCAAGAUACACAUCGAUCAAGACGGUAUCGCCAUAUAAUGGGUCUCCACCUACGACUUUGACAUCAUUGACAAUUCUUACUUUGGUUUCUGUUUCAAUAAUAUCGGUGUUGUUUGAAACACCUUCUUGAUCGUCAAGACAACGGCAUCACAAUGAAUCAAUUUGCUCACAACUCAUGACGUCCAUCGAGUGACCACCACCUGGAUGUGCUGUGUGAGAGAUCACAGAGGCACGACCAGAUGGUCUGGUCAAUGACAUGUCCAAGAUAUGUCCAACAUGAUACCAAAACACUACUAUGCAACAUACCAUGCAAGGCCGUUGUUAUCCUAUGCCGUAUACAUUUUUGCAACGAAAUAAUGUUUUCUUUAAAAUAUAAUGUGAUGUACAUGUCUACUUCCUGGUCAUAGCUAUACGAGGGCAAAUCGUACACACAUAACACAUUCCUAAUUCACAUAAAUAAAUGUCACUUGCAAAUAACUUCCUGCUUCGUGACUGACCUAUAACACGUCAUUCUAGAAGCACCUGCUAUCAUUUAACUUUGGCAUGCUAAAAAGAAAAGGAUGUGUUAGAAUUGACUUGCGUCAUGCAAACAUCGAAAAUAACGACAUCCUUGUUCAAAGAUGAAAUCAUCGUGAAUAACGGUGUGCAUCCAGUGUAGAAACUGAAGAGAAUUCGUGUAAAUAGAUAAGUUAACAAUAGUAACUUCACAGACCGCUCGUCAUUAGCACAUACACACGCACAACAAAACGAUGUCAGUGACACCACCACUCUUCUCGCUUCAGGGCUACUCAAUCCAACGUCCCUAUCCGUCAUUCGUAAAACGAGCCGUGCAGUUUCCUAAAGAGUGGCUCAAAAGGAAUAAUAGGUAA